AUCACCUGGAAGGCUUCUCCAAGUCAAAUCACAGGCUACAGAAUUAAGCUUACUCCAAUGCUGGCAGGAAGUAAACCUCAGGCUGUGAAUGUUGGCCCUAAAACUACAAGCCACAUUCUGAAGGAUCUUUCCCCAGAUACAGAGUAUGAGAUUAAUGUAUUUGCAAUGAAAGAACUUACAGCGAGUGAGCCAAUCUCAACACUGGAAAAAACUCAGGCAGUGAAAAUAAGAGUGGAAUGUUCCGGUGGUGUGGAUAUAAAAGCUGAUGUUGUUCUCCUUGUUGAUGGCUCUUACAGUAUUGGUGUUGCCAACUUUGCUAAAGUCAGAGCCUUCUUGGAAGUGUUAGUAAAAAGCUUUGACAUCUCACCCAACAAAGUGCAGAUCAGUCUUGUACAGUACAGCAGAGAUCCAUUUACAGAGUUUGCACUGAACAAGUAUGACAAGAUUGAAGACAUUCUUCAUGCAAUAAAUACCUUUCCAUAUAGAGGGGGCUCUACAAACACUGGCAAGGCCAUGACUUAUGUCAGAGAAAAAGUAUUUGUC